AUGAGCAACACCCGUUAUUGGANGUUAUUGGAUGUGCCUCUGAUCACAAUGAAUGGGACACAAGUGGUGACCAGUGGUACCGAUACGGACUUUGACAAUUUCACCUCGAUGAGUGUGGAUUGGCAAGCUAUUUCACAUGGUCGUUACUCAUGGGACUCUUUGCGCUAUCGUGAAGUAUGCACCUUCCUUAACGGAACCUGGGGUGGUGUCGGUUGCGAUCCGUUCUACGUGCCCGAUGUGUUCUUUUUCUCGUGCAUCCUAUUCAUUUUCACCUUCUUGUUGGCUAUCGGACUGAAGAAUGCCCGUUCCUCGUCAUUCUUCCCGGCACGCGUGCGUGCACUGAUCUCGGACUUCUCGGUUGUCAUCGCCAUCGCAACCUCGACAUUGACAGAUUUUUUGCUGGGUUUGCACACUCCCAAACUGCUUGUUCCCACCGAUUUUGAGCCGACACUUGGCUAUAAGCGCCGUGGCUGGUACAUACCUCCGUUCAACGGUAAUCCGUGGUGGACGUCCCUUGUCGCAUUGGGUCCCGCACUGUUAGCAGUUAUUCUGAUCUUCAUGGAUCAACAGAUCACCGCGGUUAUUGUAAAUCGUCGAGAAAACAAAUUAAAGAAAGGAGCCGGGUACCAUUUAGAUUUGCUCUUAGUUGCGGUAACUAUCAUGAUCAAUUCACUGGUUGGAAUCCCAUGGUUCGUUGCCGCCACAGUACUGUCCAUCAAUCACGUGCUAUCGCUGAAGAAAGAAUCGGAGGCUAGCGCACCCGGUGAACGUCCAGUAUAUCUCGGUUGCCGGUACGUUGGUAAUCUACGUUCCUAUUUUCCCUUACAUUUAAAUACAUUUUUGAUUUUGACUGGGUGCACGGAGAAGCUUGUUUACCUGUCCAUUCCUUUUUAUGCAUGUUUGAACGAAGUCCUCAAAUAA